UAUAUUAUUUUUUUUUGGUUUUUUUGAAAUAUCAAAAUCAACAUGUUUUAUUCAAAAACAAUUCUUUCAAAAAAAGGACCUUUGGCAAAGAUUUGGCUUGCUGCUCAUUGGGAAAAAAAGCUUUCAAAAUUUCAAUUUUUACAAACAAGUAUUGAACAAUCAGUUAAUGCAAUUGUCAAUCAAGAACAAAUCCCUAUAGCACUUAGAUUAAGUGGGCAGUUGUUGUUAGGUGUAGUAAAGGUUUAUUCUCGGAAAGCACAUUAUCUUUUAGAAGAUUGUAAUGAAGCCUUAAUGAAGAUCAAAAUGACUUUUAAACCAGGAAAUGUGGAUAUUUCUAGAAACAACACGAACGUUACACUUCAAUCAGCACAAUUGGUGUUACCAGAAAUGAUUACAGAAUUUGAUCUUUUAGUACCUGAACCUGUUUUUAACAUAAUUGAUAUUGAUUUGAACGCAAAGACUUUUAACUUUUCUCAUGUUUCAAAAAAACAAGAUAUUACGCUUAUGUCAGCAUUUGAGCCAUCUAUUGAAAUUGGUCGAAGGAAUUUACUAGAUUUGGAGGAUGAUCCUCUUAUUCAAGUUGACGAAGAUAAUGAAAUUGACUUAGAUCUUGGGAUCGGGGACAAUGAUUUGCAAAACGAUGUUUCUAUUGAAGUUGGCAGAGAUGCAGCUCCAGAACCACGUUUUAGCCAAGAAUUCAGUAAUAUUAUUUCAUCUCAAAAAAAUAUGGAUGCAAGCAUUUCUGGAAUGGAUUUAGAUAUGAUUGAAGACGAAAAUUAUGUUGAAUCUAAUGACAUACAUAAUUCUUUUGAACCUAUAGCAGAAUCUUCUAUUCGUCAAGUAGAAACUAUAAGUAGGGAUGAAAGAUUAAUAUCAGAAGAUGGGGAAGCAUCAGUGGAAAGCGGAAAUGAUAUAUUAAGAGGCGAAAUGCUAGAAUUCGAAGAAUUGAAAGCUGGAACACCAGAAGCUAGAAAUAAAGUAACUCAAUUAAAAAAUCAACGAUCGCAGCGUAAAGCUAUUGAAGAUACUGUCAUUGAAAUAUCUUCAAAAGUCUUUUCUUCUCAAUUACGAAAUACAUCGCUUAUUACUAAACAACACAAACUACUUUCUUCUGAUUCUACUUCUUUGGAAUUAAUUCAGCUUCAAACGUCUGGGAAAUUUGCUUCUCAUAUAUUUCAGCCUUCAGACAUUCAUCCAUCAAUUGUACACUUACUUAAUCCUGUCUCUGUUCAUUCUUCAGAAUCUAAUUCAUUUAAGCGAAAACGUCUAGAAGAUAUAGAUCAAAACGACAAUGAAUUAACAAAUACUGCUAAAUAUGCUAAAUUAAAUUCAUUCAAUAUUAGAAAAUCCGAUUUAAAUUCUGAUUUAACUAACAAUAACACUGAAGAUUUUGAAUUAGAAAAUGAAAAUAACGUGCUUCCCAUUGAUGAUGAUUUAAAUAUUGUUUAUGAUGAUCCAGAGCCAGAGUUUGAAGUUUCUAAAUUAUCUUCAAACAAUAUUAUAGCUAAAGAAAAUAAUGAGACAAAAACAAUAGAUAAAGAAAUACAUGAAAUAGAUUCAUCUCACGAUUCUUUAAAACUCAUUACUGUCUUAAGAAAUAGGUUUGAUACAAAAGAAAAUAGACCUCAAAAUACUGCCAGUUUUAAAAAUCUUACAAAAAAUGCAUCACGUGCAAGUGCUUCAAAAACAUUUUUUGAAAUCUUAGUUUUGGCAACUAAAAAUGUUAUAAAUCUUGAACAAAAAACAAGUUACGAAGAUAUUCAAAUUAAUCCAUCUGAUAAUUUCUAUGAUAGUGACAUAGAAACUUUCUUUAAAGAUCAAUCGGAUACUGAAAUUCAUAAUAAUACUACUAUGAUUGAGUCUUUAGAAUAAUUUAUCUUUAUAAUAUUUCUACUCAUUUUUGAUAUACGGG